ACUGAAAACCUGUACUCCCAAGUCUGAAAGUUGCAGGCAGAAGAUCCGUCCCGUACUCCCGUCGUCCAUCAUUCAGAAACCACAGCGAGAGAGACAGAGACAGAGCCAAAAGAAAAAAAAACCAACCUUUUCCGUCGCCACCCCGCCCUCCGUCCGUGACAACUCCACCUCCACUUCUCUCCUCUCUCGUCUUUUGCUGCUCUGCCCAACCCACCCGCACCACCGCACCCGCACCGGAUCGAACGGCGGUGAUGCAGGCCGGAGGAGGAGGGGACGCCGGGGACACGCGGGGGCGGCACCGGAUCCAGGCGGAGCUCAAGAAGCUCGAGCAAGAGGCGCGCUUUCUCGAGGAGGAACUUGAAGAGCUUGAUAAAACGGAUAAGGUGUCAGCAGCAUUGCAAGAGCUUAUGGUAACAGCGGAGAGCAAAGCGGAUCCUCUACUUCCAGUGACUACUGGGCCUGCUUGCCAGUCUUGGGACAGAUGGUUUGAAGGUCCGCAAGAUCUGCGCAGAUGCAAAUGCUGGUUUUUGUGAUUCUUGGCAAGCAACACCGAGGGCAGACAAUGAUUGCUGCAAACUGUAAAUUGUUUUUGGUCUUCCCAGCAUGAAUGUCAUUAGUCAUUAAAGGUGAGGGGGGAAAUUCUUUUACUGUACUGAGUAUGGGCAUCAGAAAGUGGAGUAGAAUGAGAAGAGAACUGUGGAAUACAUAAGUGGCAGCAAUGAGUUAGCUUAAUCUUUGUUCGACAAGUUUCUUCGUAUUGAAAUUUUCUGUGCAUUUAGUUUGAUUGGCUGCAUUUCUGCUGUUGUUAAAGUAUGGGAUCUCUCAACUGCAACAUUUGACUAAAAAAAAUAUUCCCUGUGAGGCUGUGAGGUUAGUUCUAUCUGACAUUUCUUUAGA